CCCCCAGAAUAAAAGGAGUAAGACCCACCAUGGCCCCCAAAAAGAGGAGCCUUGGUGACAACGAUGAGCAAGAGAAGACAGAAACCCAGGAGAAUAAAGCCAAGAGGAAGCCUCUCCAGAAACACCAAUUCAGUAAGAGUAACGUGGUUCAGAAAGAAGAAGAAAACAAGAAAGAGGGAGAGAAAAAAGGAGGAGCAGAGGGCUUGCACGAAGUAGUGAAGCAGUCCAGGCUGCAGACAGCUUCCUCUGUGCUGGAAUUUCGUUUUAACAAACAACGAGUGAGACUCCUCUCCCAGGACUGCCACCUGCAGGACCAUUCCCAGGCCUUUGUGUACUGGAUGUCUCGGGACCAGAGAGUACAAGAUAAUUGGGCUUUCCUUUAUGCCCAGAGGUUGGCCCUGAAACAGAAGCUGCCUCUACACGUCUGCUUCUGUCUCGCACCCUGCUUCCUGGGUGCUACCAUCCGCCAUUAUGACUUCAUGCUUCGUGGCCUGGAAGAAGUAGCCGAGGAGUGUGAGAAGCUGCACAUCCCCUUCCACCUGCUUCUGGGCCUGCCAAAGGAUGUACUACCCGCCUUCGUGCAGGCACAUGGCAUUGGCGGCAUCGUAACGGACUUCUCCCCUCUGCUGCACCACACUCAGUGGGUGAAGGAUGUCCAGGAUGGGCUGCCAAAGCAGGUGCCUUUUGUCCAGGUAGACGCUCACAACAUUGUUCCGUGCUGGAUAGCCUCUGACAAGCAGGAAUAUGGUGCUCGCACCAUUCGACACAAGAUCCAUGACCGGCUUCCUCAUUUUCUUACCGAGUUUCCCCCUAUUAUAUGUCAUCCAUAUCCUUCAAACAUUCAGGCUGAGCCUGUGGACUGGAAUGCCUGUCGGGCAGGAUUGCAGGUGGAUCGAUCAGUGAAGGAAGUGUCCUGGGCCAAGCCAGGAACUGCCUCAGGUCUGACCAUGUUGCAGUCCUUCAUUUCCCAGAGGCUCCCCUACUUUGGAUCUGACCGAAACAACCCCAACAAGGAUGCACUCAGCAACCUUUCUCCCUGGUUCCACUUUGGGCAGGUAUCAGUUCAGCGGGCCAUUCUGGAAGUGCAGAAACAUCGAAGCCGGUACCCAGAUUCUGUGGCUAACUUUGUGGAAGAGGCUGUGGUGAGAAGGGAGCUGGCAGACAAUUUUUGCUUCUACAACAAGAACUAUGACAAAUUAGAAGGUGCUUACGAUUGGGCCCAAACCACUCUAAGGCUCCAUGCCAAGGACAAGAGGCCUCACCUGUACUCGCUGGAACAGCUGGAGUCUGGGAAGACCCAUGACCCUCUCUGGAACGCCGCGCAGAUGCAGAUGGUGCAAGAAGGGAAGAUGCAUGGAUUCCUCCGCAUGUACUGGGCCAAGAAGAUUCUGGAGUGGACUCGCUCUCCUGAAGAAGCCCUAGAGUUUGCCAUCUAUCUCAAUGACCGGUUCCAGCUGGAUGGCAGGGAUCCCAAUGGCUACGUGGGCUGCAUGUGGUCCAUCUGCGGCAUCCAUGACCAGGGUUGGGCAGAACGAGAAAUCUUUGGAAAGAUCCGCUAUAUGAAUUAUGCCGGCUGUAAGAGGAAGUUUGACGUGGCAGAGUUUGAGCGCAAAUACAGCCCUGCGGAUUAAGGGGGCUCCGGGGCCUCCCAGCCACCCGCCUCUCCAGGCCUUCCACUUCCAACUUCUCUCCCUACAUCCAGUCUCUUCCCCGCACGGAGCGGUCUGUGCAGAGGGCAGGGACUGGGGGAGAGCCCGCCGCCCAGGCCCCAGUUGUCUUGUUUAAACGGCUUCGCUGGCUCCCGUUUCUUGUUUCUUACCUCCUUCCCGGCGUCGAUGCAGAGGAUGUCCCUUUGGCUUUGGGACGCCCGGUGCCACCCAGGGCUUUUCGGUUGCCAUUUCUAAGAGCUUCACAGAUAUUAUUUGGAAAUUUAACGUCUAGCCAGAACCUAGCUCUCCUCGCUUUCUGUUUUUCUAGGUUCAGUACCCCAAAAGGUUCAGAAUUCCUGAAAGUUCUAGGCUAGCUGGGUAUUUACCCAAGGGCUGCCGCUGUAACCUUCAAAAGGACUUCGUGUCCCGGGGCACGUUGCUGCGGGGAGGACCGGUUUCCCUUCAUCAGAACGGGGCCGGUCAUCCUCUUUGGGAUGUCGACCUCGGUCCUCAGGUUGCUAGGCUACGCAGGAGUACCAAUUAUAGCUGGGUUGUGACGAGGUCUGUUGCCUUGGAAACAGUUGCUAGUAACAAAGUAGAUGCUCUUCGUUUGGGGAAAUGGUUUACCUAAUGUUGGUCCUUGAAUAACAGAAUGGUUACUGAGCUGUAAGAAGUGUUGAAAACAAAACAAAAACAAAAAAAAAAAAAAAAAAGGAAAGACCGAACUGAUGCAGAAGGAAGUAAUUGAAGGACACAAUGGCUGCAACACUCUUAAAGAACAACCUCAAAACAAUGCUGGGAAAUUAUAAAGACCAAUCUUGGCUCCAAAGAAGAGAGGAGGAGGCCUCCUCCUCAGCUCUCUGGCACCACCAGAGGACCGAGGGUGUGAGAUAGUUACCUAUAUCAUCAGAUUUUUUUUUUUUUGAGAUGUUUAGUUUUGUGUAAAUUGAUUAUAAGGAAUGUUCUCUGGGAAGGGAUAAGGGACGAAUAUGGUAGGAAAUAUAGGAGACAUCAAAACAAAAGAUGUUAAUAAAAGUUUAUUUUUUACAAUAGUCUAAAGUUUUACAGAUGUGUCCCUGAAAUGUUUAGAUGCCCAUGUCGGGAGUUUUAUUUUAUACCUUCUCUGGAAUUUGGUUUCACUGGAACCCAAACCUGUCAAUGGGAGUGUUUAUUUCGUUAAAUCUCUCCUUUGUAAAAUCCAUUGAAAUGCAGCUUUUUUGUUUCUACUAA